AUGUCAGCAAGACAUAAACUUUUAAACAUUCAAGAAAUGCAGUCCGGUGAUACACCUUUUGAAGUAUGUGAGGUACAAAGCUGUGACGAGCACCCAGGUAAGGUCGUCGAAUUUUAUUGUUUGGAUCAUUCUCAACCUUGUUGUACGUCGUGCGCUACACUUUCACACCGUAAAUGUGAAAAUGUUACUUCAAUCCAAAAAGCCGCUUCCGGUAUCAAACAGUCAACGAAAGCGUCUGGUUUAUCACAAAAACUAAGAGAGCACGUGAUUCACUUAGAUGAAAUUAUUGAUGAUCGAAAUAAGAAUUUAGCUGAUGUUGAUAAUUCAACAGGAGAGAUUAAGACAAGAGUGGCUGAUAUUAAAACUAAAAUAUUAAAGCAUUUAGAUCGAAUAGAAGAAACCCUGUUAACCGAGUUGACCUCAACCAAGAAGCAAGUUGGAAUAGAAUUAAAAGACGAAGUAGAUAUGCUUUCGUCUUACAGUAGCGCUGUUAAAAAGUGGAAAACAGUGAUAGACAGUGUUCUUGAACAUGGAUCCGAGCAGCAAUGCCUGUUGGAAAUUAAUAGAAUCGAACCUAAAAUCUCAGAACUUGAACAAGAAAUUGAAGAUUUGGUGAAAAAUAUAAAGAGUGUAAAAGUUGCUUUAUGUCCUUCUUCCCCUAUUACAGAUUUUAUAAGGAAUACUAAGAGUUUUGGAAACAUUAAAAUUGAUAAAUCUUCUGUUUGUUCUUUAAGUUUUAACCUUGAGAUAGACAAAGUCGACUUCCGCACUGGAAAUAUUAACAUUCUACAAGUUAUCGAUGUGUGUAAGGGUGCCGGAUCAACGUCUGGAAUAUUUGUACAAAACCUUCUACUUUUUACAAUUCGUGGGAAGAACAAAGUAGUGAAGUAUGACAAUGGCGGACAAAGUUUGCUAACAGAAUUGGCACUUCCAGGUUCACCGGAGGACAUUGCUGUGGUAACCCACUUCAAAGUUGCUGUAUCCAUUCCUGAACAUGGAAUAUGUUUAAUAAAUAGUGAUAAGAUGGCAUUGUUACAAACUUUGAGGUUACCAGGUAUACCAGUGUAUGGAAUAAGCUUUGUCAAUGAAGAACUUUUUAUUAUAAGUCAUAGUUCCACACUCACAUGGAUAAACCUUUCGUCGGGACAAACAAUAAACAAAAGGACGACUGGAAGUCAAUCAUACUUUGUGUUAUCAUUAUCACAGACCGAUUAUAUGUACUCUGACAGUAGAACUGCAGUCGAUUAUGUAGUCAGCAACAAGAAAAAGUUUACGUAUACAAACUCUGAAUUUAAAUACCCUAGAGGGAUCGGAAUAGACUGUAUGGACAAUCUAUACAUUGCAUCAUAUAGUUCUGGAAACAUUCAUCAAAUAACGAACGAAGGAGAAUUCAUAAGAAAAAUUUCGGCUUCAACCAUAGGAAUUGUGUAUCCAUGGACAAUUCGUUUUGCAACGAAAAGUAACAAAAUGGUUGUAACGUGUGGGAAUUUUGGCAAAGCAACAAUAUGUGAAUUUGUUUAA